AUGAAAACAAGAUUAUUAUCAGUAUUUUUGUCAAUACUCCUUUUAACCUCCAUUUUUUUCCCUGCUGUCAAUGCCGCACCGAACGAUAAGGAAGAACCUCCGUUAGGGGCAGUAUUUGCCGCCGCCCCUGCAAUACCUGCAAUUAGCGAGUUUGUGUAUGCCGGUGUUGUCGUUCUCAUUGCCGGAGCUGGAGUUGUUGAGAUUGGCAAGCAUCUGAAUACUCACUGGGAAGACCCCGCCGAGAGCUGGGAACGUUUUGCGGAACGUGUAUCAACAGAACUUGAGAAGGUAUUUGCAAAACAGUGGGUAAAAGUCACAUCACCAGACGGGGAAGCGCUCAUGACAGCGACAUAUGAGUGUUAUACCGCCACCGCCGGAUCGUCCGGAGGGAAGAAAGAUGACAAAUGGUAUUUUGAAGCCCGCCGGAAUCACGGGGAGAUAGAAAUCAAUCUUGAACGGAUGAACGAAGAGCAGGCCGUAAAGGAGAUGGGGAGAGGCAAGGAUAUCAUGACGUUGGAUGAAAGCCUUGCAAGAAAAGUUGUGGGAAGGUAUGAGGGUAUACCGGAAAACAAGGUUGAAUUUGAAAUCCAUCAAGGCGGUAAAGAAGGAUAUUUUGAUCAUGCCAAUUACAACGCCCACGGCAUGCGGUUACAUUGCUGGAACGGAUACAUUGAAGCAACCCGUGACGACACGGAUGAAAUGCAGGAUUUACAGGUAAAGGCAUGCAUGCCUGACGGCACUCUAAUCAGAGAGACGCGGAUCAUGUAUAACAUCCAGUAUGAUUAUUGCCGGUGGCAGGAAUGGAUAAACGGCAUCAUGAUCGAUGAUGAUAUACUUACGCACCAUGCAUACGGACAUUUGCAAUGGGAAAACAGUGUAGGAGAGAUGGGGCCCGAUUGGGUUAAUCCCUAUCCGGACAAUUACGAACCCGUGAAACCUGAAGGAGCUGAUAUGUUUCAUAGGGAAGGCCUGAAUUAUGGGUUUAUCUGCUAUGAGCUGAACAUAGAGGCGCAUGUUAAUUUCUACAUUUGGGAUGAUUUGGAGGAAUGGAGGAAACAGGGGAUGAACCUCCUAACCAAGGCAAAACAUCCGGAGCCACAUAACCAAUGGAUUAUAGAUGAGUGGAAGCAGGAGGAAGAAGAGCGCCUGAAGACCCCAUUUAACCCAGCACGGGCCCGUGAUAUGAGGCUGAUCAAUUUAGGGAGGCAGUGCGAAGAGAUCGGCGUUAAUAUUCCCAUCGACCCGCGUUUUAUUGACUGA